CCAGGGGGAUCCUGGUUUAGAACGUUAAAAGAGUUUCCAGAGUUCUCCGAGGUAAACUUUCCAAGCGGGUUUAGGUGGUUGCGCGCACGGGAGAGUCUGCGGGCCCGUCAUGGUUUCUCCCCAGAGUUGUCUUCACAAGCUCGGCUCGACGCUUCCGUUGCUGUUGGUGCUCUGGGAUCUCCACUAUGAGGGAGUACAAUGUGGCAUAAAUGCAGAAGUGGAAAAGCAGCUUGAAUUGGGAAAAAAGCUGCUGGCAGCUGGGCAGCUGGCAGAUGCUUUGUCCCAUUUCCACGCUGCCAUAGAAGGAGAUGCCGAUAACUACCUUGCUUAUUACAGAAGAGCCACAGUAUAUCUAGCCAUGGGCAAAUCAAAAGCUGCCAUUCGUGAUUUAAGCAGGGUAGUUGAAUUAAAGCAGGAUUUCACAUCGGCACGACUACAAAGAGGCCAUUUGCUGCUUAAGCAGGGAAAGUUGGAUGAAGCUGUAGAAGAUUUUGAAGGCGUGCUCCUGUCUAAACCCAGUGAUAAAGAAGAAGGAGAAGCCCGUGCUCAGUUGUUGAAGUCAGAUGAGGCUCGGCAGCUGCGUUCCCAAGCACAGUCUGCCUUUCUCGAAAAAGAUUACUACACUGCUAUCACGCUCUUGGAUAAAAUUCUAGAAGUUUGUGUUUGGGAUGCGGAUAUGCGGGAACUUCGAGCUGAAAGCUACAUUAAAGAAGGGGAGCCGGGGAAGGCGAUCAGUGACUUGAAGGCUGCUGCCAAAUUGAAGAGCGAUAACACUGAAGCUUUCUAUAAAAUCAGCACAAUAUACUAUGAAUUAGGGGAUCACGAAAUGUCCCUAAGUGAAGUGCGGGAAUGUCUGAAACUGGACCAAGAUCACAAGGAGUGUUUUUCUCACUACAAGCGAGUAAAGAAGCUCAACAAGCAGAUUGUUUCAGCAGAAGAGCUCAUCCAGGAAAGAAGGUACCAGGAAGCCACUGAGAAGUAUGAGGCUGUUAUGAAGAUGGAGACAAAUGUUCCUAUCUACACUACUCGAGCCAAAGAGAGAAUCUGUCAUUGCCUUUCAAUGAAUCAACAGACAACAGAAGCCAUUAAUGCUUGCACAGAAGUUCUGCAGCUCGAGCCAGAAAAUGUGAAUGCCCUCAAAGAUCGAGCUGAAGCAUACUUGCUAGAAGAAAUGUAUGAAGAAGCUAUCCAGGACUAUGAAACUGCUAAACAAUACAGCGAUAAUGACCAGCAGAUUCUGGAAAGCCUUGAGAAAGCCCAGCGGAUGCUCAAGCAGUCUCAAAAAAGGGACUACUAUAAAAUCUUAGGAGUUAAAAGGAAUGCUAGAAAACAGGAAAUCAUAAAAGCCUACAGGAAGCUGGCAAUGCAGUGGCACCCAGAUAAUUUUCAGAAUGAAGAAGAGAAGAAGAAAGCAGAGAAGAAGUUUAUUGAUAUUGCAGCUGCCAAAGAAGUCCUCACAGAUCCAGAAAUGCGGAGUAAGUUUGAUGCCGGAGAAGACCCCCUGGAUGCCGAGAGCCAGCAAGGGGGAGGUCACCCUUUUCACCGAUCUUGGAAUUCCUGGCAAGGCUUUGACCCUUUCAGUUCCGGGGGACCUUUCCAGUUUAAAUUCCAUUUCAAUUAGAACUGCUCUACUCUUAUUAUUUUAUUUUUCCUUUUGCAUCUGGCAAUCUGCAUUUUUUUUUCUAGAUAACUUAAAAUUACCAUCUAGUCUUUGAACAGUAAUGAAAGCCAGGGGUGGGUUUUUUGGGGGGUGAUAGUUCAAAAGGGAUAGCAAAAUCCAGCCAUAUCAAUAAUACCAAACUGUUUGAAAGUUCCGGGCCUCCAACUCAAGACAAACCCAUGUUUGAGAAAAAACUGACUCAAAAAAGCACUUUAAAGUUUACUAAACCAUUGGGGCCCUUUUGUGGAAAUUAAUCCCUUGAAACAGCAAAAUUUACUCCAACUUUAGUUACCACAAGAGGAAAUGCUAAAGUCUAAAGUGACUGUUGGAAGUAUGACAUGUCUGCAAGAUAUGACAAUUUACAUCAUACGGACAUUGGUCAUUGCAGCCAGCUUGUAGAGAGUUUAAGUUGUUCUGAUUAAUGUUACAAGGACCAUUUUCUCUGAUUAAAACCUCUCCUGGUUGCUUUUAAAGAAUUAAACAGAAUUAAAAUUUUAGCCAGGGGGCAGAGAACCAUUUUCCAUUGAAAAUUUGCUUGACAUUUGAGCAGGAUAUUGGCUGGAAUAAGUAGAACUUUGUUUUGCUCUUGAAGAUAAUUCUUGUUUUAAAGGGUGGUAGAUGAUCAUCCUCUUCACAGCUACUAUAUGCAUGUCUGUUGUUGCACAGACUAAUAACUCAUGGAUCCAAUUGAAAGUGUUUUCGUGCAACCAAAAUCUGAUAUUGUGGACUGUUUUCAGAACGGAGCCUGGAGUCAUCUUGGGAUGCAAUAUUGAACUUGCCUUUCUUUCACAUCCCGUCUUUUUCCAGAACGUGGUUUUGAACACUUAUCAAAUGAUAUUCAUCUUUCACCUCGCUUGUUUCUCAUUAAUAACGCAUGUUACGCCCCAGUCUAUUUCAAUGCAAGUCUCCAAACAUCUGAAAAAUUAGUGGUUGAAUCUCACUAGCUUUUGGGUGUGAUGUUCUUUAGGAAUGCUUUUGAAAUGAUUUGGAUUUGUCUCAAAAUAUGCCACGAUGGACGCUUGUUGAGUGAGCA